CUAAAACCUACGAACCUAAUAUAUAUUAAUUCUGCAUGAGAAGCUAAGAUACAAAACAAAGAAAAAGAGAGUUCGAAGAAAGAAAAGAAAAUAAAAGAAACGUGAAAGAAAGAGAGAAGGAACGAGAAAAAAGGAAAAAGAGGGUGAGUCGUUCAAAGGGGAGUCGCCGGUAGUCGGACUGGUUUCACGGCGAGCCGGACUGGUUUUACACCAGAAAGAAAAGUCGCUAGCGUUGGGCUUGUUGGGUUUGCUUAGAAGAAAAAAUGCAUGUGUAGCUUAAUGCUUAGGAAGGAAAAGCAAAACAUACGUAACUUAACCUCACUGCCGAAGUGACUACGGAACUGCGGGUCGAACCUGUACCGAAUCAUCAUAGGAACGGAAGUCUACGGGAGCCUGGGAAGCCUUUUAUGUACGCCACUCGACGCUGGAGAAGUGGGAGGACUCGCCGGAGAAGAAGACCCACUUGUACGCCGAACUGGUUCACGUCGGAGGAAGAGGAGAAACCGGAGUUUCUGCCACCGGACCUGACUGCUGCCGCUUAAUGUCGAUUGCAGCAACCCACUGAACCAGUCACCGGAGGAGGAGCUCGUCGGAGCACGGAAGGAGGUCCGUCGUACUUCUUUCGCCGGAGAAGAUCAGCCUUUCGCCAUGGCGUCACUCGCCUGAGGGACUGUCGUGUUUUAACGGAGGGGUACGUGAGCCGCCUGACUAGCUUCCAUCGCCGAGGGAAGUGCUGUCGAUCUUCCCCUGCGUUGCCAAAAUUGUUUUAGGAAGAAGACGUCGGCUCUCCUCUGCCAUUCCAGGAUGGCCCGUAGCAGCAUCUCCCAAAGCAUAUUUUUGUACACCAGACUUGAGCAAGCGUCGAUCCAUAGCAAGCCAUGAGACAUUUCGAGAAUAGUAUCGGCCAGCAAUUGCAGCGGCAAUAGCACCGUUGCGGCUGCACCGACGUGCAGAGGCAGUGGGGGAGAGUUAUGUCGGCGACGAUGAGGUGCGGAGGGAGUGGAAUCCCUUUUAGGGGGUGUGCACACUUAAGACAAUGAAGUCAACAUGGAACAAAGUGGAAGACAAUGUCGCCGCACCGACGAACGCGGAGUUGGCUCAAAAUAUGGCUCAACUCGUCCAGACUAUCGGGAAUGUGGUAACUCAGAAUCAACACCAACAACGUCUAUAUAACCGCAAUGAUGUUGCGAAACUUGUAGCGAAGCGCAAUCCCCCGUGUUAUUUAGGCCAAGAAGACCCUCUCAUCCUUGAGGAUUGGAUUCGCACUUUCGACAAACUUUUCGAGGCUAUAAAUUGCCCUGCAGAUCAACAAAAUAAUACAGCUGCAUACUAUCUAGUCAAGAGGCGGACAACUGGUGGGCCACGACAGCCCCAACGUUGCAGCAACAACCUGACUUUUCUUGGGAGACGUUUAAGAAGAUAUUGCGUGAAAGAUUCUACUCAGAGCACGUGAGGGAUGAGAAGUAUGAGAAAUUCUUACACUUGAAGCAAGUGGGUAUGACUGUCC